UUGCGUGAAAAGGAAGCCAAGAUUAAGACUGAGCAAACAAAAGAUUACAACCAACGACAUGCAGUUAAAGAUGCGAGCUACGUCAUCUGUCACCAGGCGAUCGUGUUUAUUUCCCUGAUCGCAAAGAGAACGUGGUGGUAGUAGCCAAAACACCAGAGCCACGUUCCUAUUACCUCGACACUGACUAUAACGCAACGGUUAGAAGAAACAGACGGCAGCUCAAUCCAAACCCUAAAGAAACAAAGUACGCAGAAGGAAGCCCUUUACCCGAUCCUCCUGAAACUUCUAAGGAUCAGCCACUUGUUCCGGCAUAGCCUGCGAAAACAUCCGUUUCUCCUCGCUCUUCGCCGCUGGGGACGUUUCGUGCGUAGGAACGUCUGCGACUCAGCGACAGAAAUUCCAUACUGAUGACGCAGAAUCCGGUCAGAAGUGCUGAUUGGUCGACGGAGUAGUUACAUUGUUUAAGCUUUUGUUUACGAAUGACAGACAAAAGACAAUAGGCCACAAAGGUCAAGAAUGUAAACGCGAAGAAUCUGUAACAAAACAGUCAAUAUUUGUGGAACAUAGUCUUCUCUAGAAGAAGCAUUUUAGUUUUGUUGGAGCUCGUUGGCAGACGAGCACAACACUUUACCAAAAUCGAUCAGAAGACACGUAAAAAUAGACAAAUUUAUAUUUGGAAACUCAAUGACUAUCGGAUUUAUUAUGUAACCAUUGAUUUGCGUCAUCAGUAUGGAAUUUCUGUCGCUGAGUCGCAGACGUUCCUCCCCGCGAAACGUCCCCAGCGGCGAAGAGCGAGGAGAAACGGAUGUUUUCGCAAGCUAGUUCCGGCAGAGAAGAAAGAUGCUUUACGGUCUGCUCAAAAGUCUUCCAUUCCAGUUCCCGUUCCUGGAACUACUACUCGUUCCGGAAGAAAAGUCAACCCGGCCAAGUUAUUAGGUUUUGAUUAG